CCUGCCCGUCUCUUGCCCCAGGCAGCCCGUCUCCUGCCCGUCUCCUGCUCCUCCGUCUGCCUGCCUCCUUCUCCCCCCGCUUUCUGCCCGUGCGUUGCCCGUCUGCCUGCUCGUCUCCUGCCCCUAGCCCGCCCAUCUUCUGCCCCCCCCGUCUGCCCGCCUCAAACCCCUCCGCCACCUGCCCUCCUCCUCCUCCGGUGCCCCGGAUCCAGGGUGUGCCCUUCGGCCGUGAGGAGCGGGGCCCGAGGCCGUGAGCGGGAGGAUGAAGGGCUACGCGACCGGCUCCCCUCCCGGAGGCUUCGCCGGCCGCCGGGCGCAGAUGAACGGCUACGGCUCGCCGUCGUAUCCCCCGUCGGACGCGGGGUCCGACGCGCGGUCCAGCGCCAAGGCCCUGUACGGGACCGAAGGAUUGUUCUUCUUCAGAUCGUCGUCCAAGCAGAGGAAGAAAGAGCGACGGAAGGACUACGCCCGCGACGGCGUCGGCCGCGCGUCCGAGGUCUCCCGGUACCGCGUGGAGCACCUCACCACGUUCGUGCUGGACCGGCGGGACGCCGUGGUCACCGUGGACGACGGCAUCCGCAAGCUCAGGCUGCUGUUGGCCAAGGGCCGGGUGUGGACGCAAGACAUGAUCCUGCGGGUGGACGACAGAGCCGUCGGCCUCGUCGACCUGGAGUCGGGGAACGAGCUGGAGCACUUCCCCCUGAGCACCGUGCAGCUGUGCCAAGCCGUGCUGGACGCCUGCAGCUACGACUCCGUGCUCGCCCUGGCCUGCAAGGACCCGGCGCAGAGCAAGCCCGACCUGCACCUCUUUCAGUGUGACCCGGUCAAGGCCGACCUCAUCUGCGAAGACAUCGAAAGCGCCAUCGGCGACAGCAGAGGGGGGAAGCCGAAGAGGCGGCCGGAGGUGCUGAGGAUGGUGUCCCAGGCGGACGGCGGGAUCCCCCCGCCCCCGAGAGCCCCGGCCCCCGCCCCGCCGGGCACCGUCACCCAGGUGGACGUGCGAAGCCGCGUGGCGGCCUGGUCCGCGUGGGCCGCCGACCACGGAGACCUCGAGCGGUCCAGGCAGUACCAGGAUCCGGAAGAGUCCGCCGAGAUGACCGCGGCCCGGAUCGAUCGGGAUGUCCAAAUCCUGAACCACACGCUGGACGACAUCGAGUUCUUCGUCACCAAGCUCCAGAAAGCGGCCGAGGCCUUCUCCGAGCUGUCCAAGAGGAAGAAGGCCAAGCGGAGCAAGAAGAAGGCACCCGGGGAGGGCGUCCUGACGCUGCGGGCCCGGCCUCCUCCCCCGGACGAGUUCCUCGACUGUUUUCAGAAGUUCAAGCACGGCUUUAACCUCCUGGCCAAGCUGAAGGCCCACAUCCAGAACCCCAGCGCAGAGGAUCUGGUGCACUUCUUAUUCACCCCAUUGAACAUGGUGGUGCAAGCGACCGGGGGUCCCGACCUGGCGAGAAGCGUCCUGAGCCCCCUCCCGACACGGGACACGGUGGACCUGUUACAGGGCACGGUCCGAGCGGAAGAACAACAGCUCUGGCUGUCGCUGGGAGACGCGUGGAUCAGGACCAGAGCCGAGUGGCCCAGAGAUCAGUUCGUCCCUCCGUACGUCCCGCGGUUCCGGAAUGGCUGGGAGCCGCCCCUCCUCGGCUCCCAGGCCGCGACCCCGGGCGCGGCACCGGACGAGCAAGACCGCCACCAGCUGGCCGAGUCCGUGGCGGGCAUGGCGGACCACCGGCGGGAGCAGGAGCGCAGCAGGCUGUCUGCCGAGCAGGCCACCGUGCCGGACUUCCUGCCGCCCGACAGGGGCUACGGGAGCCGCGGGGCCCCGCAGAGGAGGCUGGCCAGGUCCAAGUACGACUUCACGGCGCGCAACAGCAGCGAGCUUUCCGUCAUGAAGGACGACGUCCUGGAGAUCCUGGAUGACCGGAAGCAGUGGUGGAAGGUCCGAGGCACCGGCGGCGACUGUGGCUUUGUGCCCAACAACAUCCUGGACCCCGUGCGGCCCCAGGAGCCCGGCCUGCCCCGCUCCGACCCGCCCUUCACGCACACCAUCCAGAAGCAGAGGCCGGAGCGGAGCCCGCGGCAGCCGGACCCCGCCAGCAUCCCGGCCCCUCCUUCGACCCCGGCCCCGGCCGCCGGCCCCCUGCCUCCGGCGGGGCCCGCGCCCGCCCCGAAGGGCGCCCCGGCCGCCGGCGGCGGCGAAGGCGGCGGGGGCGGCAUCCUGCGAGACAGCCUGAAGCACAAGCGGCCCUCCGGAGACGGGCGGAAGUCGCAGAUGGAGGAGGUCCAGGACGAGCUGGCCCAGAGGCUGACCAUCGGGCGCGGGGCCGCGCAGAAGAAGUUCCAGGCUCCGCGGCCCACCCCGCCCGCCGUCCACGUCACCUACGACUCCUCCCCGGACCAGGUCAAGCUCUGGCUCCAGUCCAAGGGCUUCGGCCCCGUGACGGUGACCAGCCUGGGGGUGCUGACGGGCGCCCAGCUCUUCUCCCUGAACAAGGACGAGCUGCGGUCCGUGUGUCCCGAGGGCGCACGAGUCUACAGUCAGAUCACCGUGCAGAAAGCCGCGCUCGAGGACAACGAAGGCAGCUCCGAACUGCAGGAGAUCAUGCGCCGACGCAAGGAGAAGAUCGCGGCGGCCGGCAGCGAUUCCGGGGUGGAGUCCUUCGACGAAGGAAGCGGCCACUGACCGCCUCUCGGUUUUCCCUCUCCGCGCCCCUGGGCCUCGUGAAGAAGAAGAAAAGAAAAAUCACACUCCUCUUUGUUUUCCGGUACCCAAUCUGUCGCCCCGAAGGAAGCCCGCCCAAGCUGAGGCAGUUAGCGUUUGAAGGGCUGGCCCGAAUUUAGAUGGUCGUCGUCGUUCUCACUGCUCGUAGGAAACGCCGAGCUCAAGGGGAGGCCCGGCCUCGGGGCUCGUUCCCCUUCGCCGCCCGGACCCCCGGGAGGAGACGGACGGGUCUGGCCACCUCCGGUCCGGCGUGGCCGGAGGCCGGAGAGGAACGUCAGGGUCCGGCGGCCCGGGACUGACUCCGAAAGCCAACGCUCUCCAUCUCGGCCUCGCCGGGCCCGACGAAGGUGGCACCCGGGGAUGGGCGUUGGGUUCCAAGCCGCACGGGCGUCUUCUAUUUGAGUUCAGCGAAGGGGCCGUCGCGUAGCCGAGUUUGUCGGAGGGGUCGGGUUUCCCCCUCGGGAAGGCGAGCAAUUAAAUCGACACAUCUUAAUCCCGCGAGAGAAGAAAGAGGACCCGGGUUUCCCAACAGAUUGGUAUUUGGGGGACACAGUUGAUUUUUGCCACUCCACCUUAUAUUGUUUCACGUAUACGAAGAGAUGAUAUGUAAGAACGUUGUAUAUUUUAACACGAUGCCAUUAGGGAUAUUAUCUAGAUUCAUUGAUUUUCAUAGCGCCUUUUUCCACACGAGUCAGCGGGAGGUCUGCAAUAAAUAGUAGUUGCGAUACGG